UUCUAAUAAAUUUUUCUUCAUUCACCUUCGCUUUACUUGUUUCAUUGACGUUUUUCUUGUUUGUAAAUAAUAAUUGCUGGAAAUAGUACGCAAUGUGAAAUUGUACGCAUUCCUCGUUCCAUUGCACAUUACGUAAACGUUAAACAUCGUUGUAAAGGUGGAUUGAUAGUGCGAGAAAUAUCCUAACCUAAUGUGCGUCUUGUUCUGGUGAGGCGUUUAAGCUAUGAUAGAAGAUAAUGCCUCAAUUUAGAAGAAAAAAGGCGUCCAAGUCGUUCCCUGUAAAAGUAUGUACGCUAGACGCUGAAUUGGAAUUUAACCUUGAGUGGCGAGCUACCGGAAGAGAUCUGUUUGACUUAGUAUGCAGGACGAUAGGGCUCAGAGAAACAUGGUUCUUUGGGCUGCAGUUCGAAGACACAAAACACUUUAUAAGUUGGCUGAAGUUGGAUAAAAGAGUGCAAGACCAAUGCGUCUCCCAGAUGCCAGGCACCCCCUUCAUGCUACUCUGCAAGUUAUACCCUGAAGAUGUGGCCGAGGAACUAAUCCAGGAAGUGACCCAACACCUUCUGUUCUUGCAAGUGAAGCAAGCAAUACUGAGCAUGGAUAUAUACUGUCCGCCCGAGGCGUCGGUCUUGCUUGCCAGUUAUGCGGUCCAGGCUAAGGUUGGUUAUUAUGGUGACUACGACGAGAGCGCGUACAAGCCGGGCAUGCUGGCGAGCGAGGACCUGCUGCCGCAGCGCGUCAUAGACCAGUACCAGAUGACGCCCGAGAUGUGGGAGGAUCGGAUUAAGAUAUGGUAUGCUGAUCACAAAGGUAUGUCACGGGAUGAGGCUGAAAUGGAAUAUCUGAAAAUAGCGCAAGAUCUGGAUAUGUAUGGCGUUAAUUACUUUGCAAUUAAGAAUAAAAAAGAAACAGAAUUAUACCUAGGAGUGACAGCAUUAGGUCUGAACAUUUACGAGAAGGAUAACAAGUUAACGCCCAAGACAACGUUCCCGUGGUCGGAGAUCAAGCACAUCUCCUUCGAUGAUAAGAAGUUUGUUAUCAAGUUUGUGGAGAAAACUACCAAUAACUUUAUAUUCUUCUCGCCUAAGGGCAUGAAUAAGUUGAUACUGGACCUAUGUAUUGGUAACCACGACCUAUACAUGAGGAGACGGAAGCCAGACACCAUGGAAGUGCAGCAGAUGAAGGCGCAGGCUAAAGAGGAGAAGCAGCGUCGUCAAAUAGAGCGCAACAAGUUAGCGAGAGAGAAGCAGCUCCGCGAGGCCGCCGAGCGCGAGCGACAAGCCAUGGAGCAGCGCCUCCGCCAGUACCAGGAGGAAAUACGACUCGCCAAUGAUGCACUGCGUCGUUCAGAAGAGACAGCGGAACUGCUAGCGGAGAAGGGUCGCGUGGCAGAAGAGGAAGCUUCUCUAUUGGCGCAGAAGGCGGCCGACGCGGAGAGAGAGAACGCCAGGCUCAGGCUGUCUGCUAUCAAGACUGAGGAGGAAAAGGUACACCUAGAGCGUAAAACGCGCGAAGCCGAAUACCUAACCGCCCGUUUAGUAGAAGAAUCAGAGAAACGUGCAGCCGAAGCCGAAAGACUGAAAGCCGAGCUGGUGUCCGCAAGAAUGGCUGAAAAGCAAGCCAAGGAGAAACUUCUCAACUUCCUCAGCAGAACUUCCACUGGGUCCCUCCCGCCCGUUAGUAAACCUUCCAGAAAGUUCGAAGAGUCGGACGCCAAGAUGACGGAGAAGCAAGCCAAUGAGAAACUGAUUAAUUUCUUGAGUGAUACGUAUAAUGGAUCGUGGGAUCUUGGACCGCCGUCAUCAACAGUGCCAUCUAGUCUGUUUCCAUCGACGUGCUCGUUACCGGCGGAGCUGGGGGGCGAAGGCCUACAGAAUGGCACGGCGUCCGUCACGGAGCCCGAGCUCAAUUCCUAUCAGCUGGUGCCUGAUGACUCCGAUCCUCAUAUACAUCGCCUGUCGUUGGAGAUUGAGAAAGAGAGGGUGGAAUACCUAGCAAAAUCGAAGCACCUACAACAGCAACUAGACGAACUUCGAUGCGAGUUCUCAGUUCUCCGCGUAGACCAGUCCACCGCCACCCUUGACCGACUGCACGAGGAGCAGGCUCGAGCUGGUGACAACAAGUACUCCACGCUGAGGAAGCUCAAGCAGGGCUCCACCAAGACCAGGGUGGCUUUCUAUGAGGAACUGUGAAUGUACCCAUCACUAGAUUAUUUUCAAGGAUGCACAAUUAGGUGAUCGAAUGACAAUACAAAUUAGUUGGUAAAUAUAUUGAGUCCUAAAAUGUUGAAGGGUUUUUCCCUCAGAUGAUGGACUAGAAAAAUUAUAUGGAAAAUUAUACUAAAAAUUAUUUGUUUACCGAGGGUAGCAAUACAGUUUUAAAUAGCUCCUAGAUUAUUUAUAUCUAGGAGUUAAGAGGUUCAAAAUUGCCAUAAAUAAUGAACUAAAUUAUAUUUGCAAAAGGCAUACUGAUAUUAGAAACAAAUGUCUUAGUUUUUCUGUAUUUCAAAUAGGCUUUAUGAAAAGCCAGAUUGCUGGCUGUAAAAACUGAGAUAUUUAUGUACUCUUCACAUUUUAUAAGGUAAUACAUUUUUAAAUAUCUGUAAUAAAACAGUAAACAGGUAAGUCAAUUUAAUAUUUAAUUGACAGCAACCUGCAUAAAUAAUAUGUAUAGGGUGUUUAAAAUAUGAACUUGCGCAAAAUUCAAUAUCUUUAUAUUUUGAGGAGGCUUCUGCUUUUAAUUAGUAGUCUAGAUUGAAAUUAACACCCUGUAUUUAAUCGUGAAUGUGACUGUAUGCAUAAUAAUAAUAAAAUGAGGCAGGAAAUCAGUAGGUAAUAAGAAAAUCAGAUAUGUAAUCAAAACUAUCAUUUUUACACUACAAUGAGUAGUGUUUAUAUUUUAUAUUUUUUUUUACCGGCUGUAAAUCAAUAAAAUUAUGGUUAACGAUGAAUGGUAGGUCUUAUAAAUAAUGACCAAGUUGAUAUGAUCCAGAUUUUCAUGCUGGGAGAAAAUAAACCUUGUAUCCUAGGCGUUAAGGUUGGAAAUCGAGCGAUUACGACUGUACUGUAAUUAUGUACGGUUUUGUAGGCAUAUGAUAUUAUCAACGUAAGAUUCGUAAUGUAAUGUCUAAUCACACAGUUCCUAGGACACAUGUACAUAGAUUUGUAAAAGUGCCUUAUUUUGAAAAUUAUUGAAUAAGAUCUUGUUGAUUAGUUAGAAAGGUUUUUUAUGGCUAUCAUUUCAUUAAAUAGCAGUCCAUUUUAUAGAUCUAGAUAGAUAGCAUUGUCUUUGGUAUUUUUAUGGUCCGAUUUUUCAAUAAUCAGUUACCGUCUAUCUGAGGAAUAAAUAUGACGAUUUUAUAUUUCUUUAGAUAAGUUAACUGCAGAGUGAAAAAUUGGCCCAAAAACAUAUUACUAUAGUAUAAAAUUAUUGAUGAAAAAUGCGACACAUAAAAAUAUAGAUAAUGCAUUGCGAUAAAUAUAUGUUCGCUUUGGUAUUAUGGAUUCAAUAACGUCUAAACUAAUUUAUCUUAGAUUUUUUAUACUUUCAACAAAAAAUGGAUUUAUUAAAUAUUUAUUGGUUGAUAAAUCAUCAAAUUAUAUUUAACAAUCUUUUUAAAUCGUGUUCUAUAUGAUUGAUCUCUUAAGUUCGUGUAACUUUUUUUAUAAAAUUUUAUUCGCCAAAUUGGCUUUUUUAUACUACAUUGGUCUGAAGUUACAUUAUGAUCUUCAUAUAAAACCAAAAAUCUUGAUCUGUUGUAUAAAAAAUGACAGUCAAAAAUAACUAAUAUGUAUUUUUAUAUAACUCCUUGUAUACAAUGAAAAAUAAUUAAGCUUAUUGUUAUUUUAA